AUGGGCAGAUAUAAAUGGUUUUUGUGCAAUAUUUGGUUCUGGGCCUUCUCGGUGGACUUGAUGCUGUCGCUCGUCAUCCAGCCAAUGUCGUUUUUGCCGUUAAUCGGAGGAAUUGGGCUGCGAAAAUGGGGAUUCGCUAUUGAGGACGAUCCGCUCUGUAUUUUUGGAGCCACGGUCGUCGCCCUAUUCUGUAUCUGCUGCUGCGAACAAUCUAUACAACUCGGAUUUCUCUAUCGAUUCUUGCUCCUUCACGAACAAUCCUGGCCCAUGAAAAGCAACCGGAAUUUGAUUAUCCUAGUCAUCUUUACCCAUUAUGGUGUCGUGGCGGCAGUGGCUUUUUACUCGCUUACUUAUAUUCCGCAAACCACCGCGAGAGCCUAUAUCGCGUAUCACGUCCGAGACCCUCAAGAAAUCCUGGACUCCAAUCUGAACCUAUUGACACUACAUAAGGAUUUGAAUCCGUGGUGGCUGGUGUCGAAUAUUGAGAUGAAUGUUGCUAGCGCCAUUUACCUAUUAACUACCGUAGCCUUGGCCAUCAUCACCCUACGUGCUAUCCGAAAAAUCGGGUUUAUGUCGAGUCGUGUGGCGCAGGCCAAACAUCUGAAUACCCUCCAAGCCCUCGUAUGCCAGGUGCUGAUUCCAUUGGUCACAUAUAUUAUACCAAUCGCUGGUAUCCUUAUUGCCGUCCAGACCACCGUCAGCUGCUACGCUUUGGCGUUGAUGUCGUCGCAUGGAGCCCUGAAUUCCCUAGCAAUGAUAGCUACGGUACCCUCCUAUCGACGUUUCGUUUUUGGAAGGCUAUUACGAUAUUGGGGACGAGGUCAAGAGGGCGAACUCGAUGGUGUCCAACCAUCCACAAUGAUGGAAAUGUCAAGCGGUUCGAAUUCGUAU